GGAGUACAACUGCCAGGGAUUUGACUCCCGCGCCGCUUCUUCGGAGAGAGCCGCCCAGUGCCGCUGGGCAGAGGAGACCAGAAAUUUCCUUGCAGCAGCUUCCCUACAGUUUCCUGUUCUUCCAGAUAAAUUGGCCAUGCUUUGCCAGUGACUUUGAAGGAGGAAGAACUAAGGAAAGUGAGAUCUUGCGGUUCUUGAUUCCUGGUCUGGAGCUGAGGCUGAGAUGUCAGAGGGGCCCUCCAGGAUUACAGGGCCCAUUCCCCCUGAUCCCUCCCUUUGUCCCGAUUACUACAGGCGUCCCCUAUCAGCACGAGGGAGACUGGAAGGGAACUCUCUGAAGCUGGAUCUGCUGCCCGGCCCCAUUCCUCCAGAAUGCAGCCUCUACCCUGAAUGCUACAGUGCCCGCCUUGCUCACCCUCCUCCACGGAUUAAGCCAAAUGCCAAGGACAUUCUAGAGAUGGGAAAGAAGGGCACAGUGGGAGCUCUCCUGCAGCUGGAUGGGAUCUCCUUCUUCCAGGAGGUGACACCUAAGCGCAAAGAUCACAAGGACUAUGAGAAGGAAAAUCUGAGGCGCAUGCGAGAGAUUCAGCGGAAAUGCAGAGAGAAGGAGCAGGCUCGGGAGCUCAGCCAACCAAAGCCCGUGAAGGCCCUGUGGAAGUCUCAGAAGUAUGAGAGUGUGGAGUCUAAAGUCAAAGCAAAGCUGCAGGAGAGUCCUAGUCCUCCAAAUCCAGAGCAUCAGAGAUACUUGAGAGCCUAUUCGCGCUGCGGUGCAGGAAUUCGUCCAUGCAGGUCACCGUCUCCAAACCCUGCCCAGUCUGGAGCAACAGCAGAUGCAGCAGCUGCAGAAUCACAGAAUGGGAGUGUCAAGAACCAGGAGGAGAGUCAAGGGGUGGACUUUGUCAGCCACAACGCCCGGAACGCCAAACGGGCUCAGCUGCGGCGCUCACGCUCCUUGCAGUCACUGACCGAAGUGCUGGAGCAGAAACGCAAGGAUCAGGAAGAGUACAAUGCUAAGCAGAAAGGCCAUGUCCCCCACUACCUGAUUGAGAGGAAGGACCACUGGCGCAAAGAGGCAGAGGAGCGCCAGCGCAACAUGCCUGACCCCUCCAUGCCACCUGGCCACACCAUGAUGCCAGAGAGCCAGCGGUUGGAGACGCUCAACAACCUCAAACAAAGCCAAGAACGCUUCCUGAAAGACCUCCUGCUGCUUCCAGUGCGAACUGACACCCUCAGCGUCCAGAACAGACGUGCCACCCUGGAGAAUAAGCUUUCGCAGAUCGAGGAGGCACUCAAAAUAUUCUCUCGGCCCAAAGUCUUUAUCAAGCUGGACUCCUAGGCAGAGGCAAGAUGCUCCCUUUCCCAGCCUUCUCUUCUGGACUGCAAUGGAGAGGAAAGGUCUCUCUUUCCUUCCUUGCUCUUUCACUCAGCCAGAAAUCCUCUUCCCCCUCUCAGCCAUCCUUGCUGGCUGACUCGGUGAUGCAAGCUUCUGCCCCACACUUGUGUGGCUGACCACUCUCUGGUGCUUGCUCUUGGCACCCAGCCUUUCAGGAGCUGGGAUGCAACAGAGGUCUCAAUCAUACCUGUCUGCUUGUCUUGCUUCACACCCAAGGGCAGGGAGAAUCUGUGGCCUACCAAAAGUUGCUGAACUUUGAUUUCCAUCUGAACACAGCCCGGCCAGUGUUCAAGGGUGAUGAAUGUUGUAGUUCAAACUGCAUCUGGAAGGCCACAGGUUCCCCUUCCUUGUUCUUCAGGCAAAAGGAGUGUUGCCAAAAAGGAGAUGGGAUGGUUGGUGGCGGAGGGGAGAGAGAGAGGUGCUUGGUCUCAGAGGAAUCUGGCCAUUGUGAGAUCUGUAAAUCCUCUGUAGCCACAGCUUGAAUUUGCAGAGAUGCCCCUCUGGGAAGAGUGCAUUGAGGAGCUCUAACAGUACAGCAGGACUGAGCAGGCACCCUGGGCAUUGUUCUGCUUUUUUGCAAGACGGUUCAGGUAGACGCAUUGGCUGGACAAGCGGCCAGUGCUCAGAGGGAUAGGUGUUCAAUUUUAACUUAAAUAGUUGGGUAGGUUUUUAAAUAAAUAAAUAAAUAAACUUUUGAAAGCACUUGUCACAGAACAGAGGCGGAAACUGGGUGCCUUCACAAGCACUCUGGAAGAUUAUUUAAAUGGCUGAGGGAUUAUUUUUAAUUUACAGAUAUAUGGUGAAUGCAUCCUCCAUUUGGAUGAUACAUCGUACAAACACAGCAAGUCUCUGCUCCUCAGAACUGCAGGCAAGGAUGAAUCAUAGGAGCACCUGCUUUGCAUAAACAGAAGGCCCCUCUGGCACCUCCACCUAAAUGGGUCAGGAGGGGAUGAGAGAGACCCUGUGCUGAGAGUGUGCAGAGAAAGGGAUUGUUGGACGUGGAGUCUUACCUAACAGAAGCCUGUAUAAGGAUCCAUAGUUGGAUAAGAAGUUCAGUAUUAGGAAGGAUGCUAAGUAGGCCCAGCAAGAUUCAAACAGUCAUAGGCUCAUGUGAAGUGGAAUUCAAGUGCCUGUUUCUUUUUUUAAUAUAAUUAAUCUGAAAAGCUGCACUUGAUUCUGCGUCAUGGAAAAGCUGCUGCUGCCUUUUACACUAACACAAAGCUAAGGUAGAGGAGAUGGGGCUGCUGCUUAUGUUUUGCUGCCUUUCAGGCUUGUCCUUCAUUUCUAAAGGACCCUGGAGCCAAGUGGCACUGAAGUCAUAGGAAGGGCAAAGAUAAUCCAUAUCUUUUAAGAGCUGGCAGGAUUGAGCAGCAUAGCAGGGUUGGAAAGGGUUAAUAAGGUUAACAGGCAAUCUAGUUCUGCCACCCCAGAACAACAACAACCCAAACCAAACCCUGGACAGGGUUGCAGUGAAGGGUGAUGGACAGCAGUAGCAGGAUUGAUUGCCUCCCCGUGGGGUAGUCGGAGUAUAUAAAACAUUUCCUCCCCUCUGGAAAUGACAGACAAGUGUUAUUUCGGCUGUGCAAACUCUCCUAGCCAGUUUUUUUUUGGGGGUGGGGGUAAUGGUCCAAAGCCCUGACAGCUUUGUACUGUCUUCAAGUGUUCACCUUUCCAUGCAAAAAUUGUAGUUUCAGGCACCUAGAAGAGUUACCUCGACUGACAAAGCAGAGAAAAGCUUGGUUAGUUUUCUGUGGACCUUGUGCUUGUUAGGGCACCAGUAACAGGUUAUAUUAUGUGGGAAGCAGGCAUGCUGUGGCCCUGAUACAGGACUGCAGGUUGACCAGUUGACCAUCUGUUAACUCAGUCACUACCCUUGAGAAGAGGUAGAUUUGGAUGGGAGGCUCACAGUGCAUGGAGAUUCGCAAUUUAACCCUUCUGUAUCUGCAGACCUGACACAAAAGCAGAUUCCUUACAAAGCAAUCGGGCUUGGAAACAAUCUUCAAAUUGAUUUAAGAUAUCACUGCAUCAAGUGGGUGCUGCAGCACAGAAUAACCCUUUACAUCCCAAUUUCAACCCCUCCCUGCUUGGCAACAGCUUCCAAGUGGGAGUGAAUGGUGGGUCACGGACCCUCAUUUAGAGUUCUUAAAUCCCAGAGACUUUCACGUGGCUGGCUGGUUGUAAACAUGGCCUGCAGUGACUCUCUACAGGUAAAUUACUGCACCGUGUUUAAGGCCAACAGUGGGAACGAAGAGAUGCCCUGAACCCUGUACCUGGCCACUGCUGUCCUCUGCUGGUGGACCCCAGUAAUUGUACAAGAUAAUGAUUCACAGCAAAUCAAGGUAUUAGGCUGCGAAACGUCUCUCCUGAGGUGGAAGCAGCUGCUGUUGGCUAGUUUGCCAUGAUUUAAGAUCCCCUACUACAGACUAUGAGCAUCUUAGCUGGUCAGACUUAAAAUGAACAAAACAAGAGAAGACUACCUUCCUUCAAUUUAGAAUGGUAAAUUAAACAUCUCCCUAAAAACCAUUUCAGUGCAGAUGAUCCUGACCUGGUAGAAAUGCAGCUGGGAUGAAUGGGUGAUUUGUUAGAGAUGCUUCUAUUUCCUUUCGUCAGUUGGUUUUUGUAGGAGAAAAAUGAAAGCGAUGUGGAAGGA